AUGCAAACCAUGGGAAGAAGCAAUUCUGAAUCCUCCAACCCCGUCUCGACAGUUACCACUUCCUUCCGCACGCGCGCGAGGAAGAGGACGGCUCAUGCUUGUGAGGCGUGUCGGACGAGGAAGUCACGUUGUGAUGGUCAGCAACCUUGUGCUUGGUGUACGGAGAAUGAUGUGGAUUGCGUUUAUGGACGUCAGCAGCAGAUGAGUGGGUGAGUAGGUGUGAGAACUUUUGAUGAUGUGAAUUGAGUUUAGGAGUUUUCUAUACUGACUGUGAGGUUGUUUUUUAGGAAUGGGCAGGGGCUAAAUCAGGGGAAGAGUGAUAAGAUUCUUGAGACGGUUUUGCGGAUGGAUGCGUUGCUGAAUUCUAUUCAUAAUGAUUUGGUAGCUAUUUUUUACAUCUAUAAUCUUAUUUUCCUCUCGUAAAAUGGAGAGAGACUUAUGAAAAUAGCAGCGAGAUCCGACAAGAUCAUUGCAGGAUCGAGGUUCCUUCUCCCCAAACGCCAUCACAGAAACCACACCUUCAGACCAAGACUUCGAAAGAGUCGCCAACGCCAGUCUCCCCUCGCACGUAAGCGCCACCGAAGACCUCCUCUCCUCCACCCUCGCCCAGCCAUUCCCCUCCCUCAUCGAGCAAUUCCGGCCCAUCUUCCUCCUAGAAAGUAAACGCACACCACUCCCCUUCCAAAACCGCUUCACACGCAGUCCAGUCUUCACGCCCGAGGAAGCGAAUCGUCUAAUUGCCUCUUUUCAAGCGACGGUUAACUUUUGGUAUCCGUGUGUUAGUAAGGCUACGCUUGAUGUGCUUUUUGAUCGUGUACAAAGUGGGUUUACGGAGGGUAGUUGUGAGGAUUGUUUGGCGUUGUUGGUUUUGGCCCUCGGGGCUGCGAGUGAGUUGGUUGUUGAGUGUGCUAAUGUGGAGGAUGAGUAUAGGAGUUUUGAGGUGAGACAGGUGCAGAAUGAGUUGAGUAAUAUGGCGAAUGUUUGUUUUGAUGGUAGGUGUUCCAAAAUAUAUUUUUAUCCUCUGUUCGGUUAUUCUGAGAGGGUGGAACUUAGCAAUCUCACUUGGAAUUAGAUUUGUCUUACACUUCUAAUACUGGGUGUAAUAGAAAUGCUGACAAUAUACAACUUCCCAGAGGCGAAUAAACUGCUGGUUGUGGCGUGUAUGGAGGUCAGCACCAUUUCUGCUCAGUGCGUGUUUCUCGCUUCGUGAGUUUCCUGUAUUGUCUACUUUUCGUUCUGAAAGUCGCUAAUGUUCAAAAGCCUAUUUUGCUCCUUUCUUCAACGACCACUACAAACAUGGAGUUAUAUAUGUAUAGUGGCCUCGAAAUGUCGGUCUUUGCUUGAGUACGGAACAGGGUCCAGUAAUUUUGAAGAUGAAGAAUGCGUUAAGCGUAUGUUCUGGUCAUGCUAUAUCAUUGAAGUACUCCAGUUUUCACUACUGGUCUGGGAAUCACCACUAAUUGAAAACACAGAGCGAUUUAUUAUCUGAACUCUCACAUCUCCCCCAAACAGGAGUAGCAGAAGUCGAAUCCCGCACACCCCUCCCUUCACCCCUUCAAACCCAUCAAUCCAACACCGAAACCGAGUCCUCAGCCCUAUACUUCCUAUCAUGUAUCUCCAUCCGCCGACUCCUAAAUCGCGUCCAUCACCUCCUCUAUUCAUCUAAAACCCACUCCAAAAACGCCCCAACAACCACGAUAACCGACUCGUUACGAGGAAUGAUCGCCGAGCUUUCACACCAACUUCUCCUAUGGAGAGAAACCUUGCCAGAUUUCUUGCAGUUUGAGGAAGGGGCCAAGGAAUGCUCGAAUCAAUAUUCUGCUUUUCUGAGACAGAGAUAUCUUGCUUGUAAGAGCGUGAUUUAUAGACCUUACGUGGAGAUGUUACUUCAUGAUCGAGAGGGUGUUAGCGGUGGGGAGAUUGUGGAGGGGGCGAUGAGGUGUCUGAGUGCUAGUUGUUAUCACAUUGGAUAUCUGAGGAGUUUCAGUCAGGUCUGUUUUCCUUCCUCUCCUCCCUCUUCCAUCUCACUGUUCCCAAAUUCCCAGCUCCACAUACAUCAUCUCUCUCAAAGGGUGGCCUAACGGGUAUAACAGACAGUAAUGAUAGACACAUGGAUCUGCUCCCUCUCCAUGACAUCAACCAUGUUCAUCCUCCUCGUCUCCCUCCAAACUCCCGCUUUACGACAGACACUCCUCUCACAACAUUCCAUUCUCGAUUUUGGAACGCAUCUGCAGAGACUGUUGCGUUCUUGGAUUAGUAUUGUGCCGGAUAAGAGUCCUAGUAUUCAGCAAUCUGUGCGGUUGAUUGCGGAGAUUGAUCGCUUGAUUAGAGGGGGUUUGUAAAUAGUUUGAGGUUUGUGGGAAUUUGAGCGUGCUUUUUUUGGGAGC